AUGUUCCGAUUCUUGGUGUUGGCUUUCCUUGCGGUGGCAUCCGCUGACAUUGUCUACGACGGUCCCUGUCAAGAAGUGAAACCUGUGGAAAACUUCAACUUUAGUGCUUACCAAGGCCUAUGGUACGAGGUUGCUCGGUACCCCAACGCUGGCGAGGAGGGCGACAAGGGCAAAUGUACAACCGCCGAAUACACCGUAGAUGGGGAAAAUGGGAAAGCUAAGAACAGUCACGUCGUUGAUGGCGUUAAGUAUUACAUUGAGGGCGAUCUCAAGCUAGUGGGGCCGUCUCAAGUCAGAAUCACGUAUACUUUCGGAGGUGUAUCUAAGGACUCCUAUUUGACUAUCCUGGACACUGACUACAAGAGCUACUCCAUCGGCUACAGCUGCAAGUACUUCAAGGAGACCAACAAACACCAAGUCUUCUCUUGGAUUAAGUCUAGAAGCAAGAUUCCGGAAGCAGCCGCCAAGGAGACUGUUGAGAACUACCUGAAGGACUCUAAAAUUCUUAAAAAGUCAAAUUACGUGGUCAAUGACCAUUCUGAUGCAACCUGCGGAACCACCAUUGCCAAACGCAUCGAAAAAUUCCUUGAC